AUGUGGACAUUAAAUAUUGCACUGAUCAGCUUUUUUCUAACUGUCACCAAUCCUCAAUUCCCAUCAGAUAAUGCCCGACGCAAACUUGUAUCACUUAUUGCUGAAGUUCGUCAAGCAGAUGGACGUCGAUAUGCUUCUCGUGAUCAUCUUGGAAACCCGAUGAAUUGUAUUAAAAUCAUCAAAAGAACUGGCAGUGAUGAUUUUAUUGGUGUUUAUCACACAUAUGUAAAUAAUGUACCCAGAGUCCAUUUGGCUGUAUCGAAUGAUUUGCUUCAGUGGACAUGGCUUCAAGAAUUAGCCGUCCACGCUUCACAACCAACCAUCGCGGCAUCUAGUGAUCAUCCUGAAGGAUAUAUUCUUGUGUGGGAAGAAACGCCUAGUAGUCAUUUGAAAUUUGCUUUCUACAUGACGUGGGAUGAUCUUAAAGUUGGCACUGCUCAGCAGACUCAUGAAACCACACGUACUUUGUCCCAUUGUGCUGAAGGUACUCCUAAUAUUUACGGAGAGCCAACUCUCGCUAGCAUCGAUGUUGGAUUUCAUUUCUCUGAUGAUUGCACACUUGAUCGACAAGCACGCGCUAGUCUGACGAAUUUCAGUCUAUGGACUCAAAUUCGAAAACAACCGAAUGUAGACAAUGCUCUACUUCACUACGGCGUACGAGGCAAUAUUCGCGAUCGAGAUGCAUUGUCUAAUUUUGAUGGCUAUGCGUUCACGAUCAUCGAAGGACAAUAUCAACCGAAAAAUAUUGGCACUUGGCGUAUAUUUGUGUUUGACUCACAGACAGAGAAUGCUGAUCAAGUACCGAUUGUAACUAAUGGAAGAAGUCAAGCAUUCACGAAUCCCACAAUGACAAUUACCACAAUCAACGGACAACGUAUUUUACUAGUCACUCUCUUCAUAGUGAAUGAAAAAUCGGCUCCACGCGAAGCAGGUCAACUAAUUUACUAUCGUAAAUUUUAA